AUGCAGGCUCAGUGUACAGUGAAUAUAUUCAAUAAAAAAGAAAGAGUCGGCAUCCGGCAAAACUACACGUGGCAACAAACUGCUCGCAGGGCGACCCGAAGACCAUCCGCCAUGUCUCGUCUCCAUAGGAACGAGUCAGCUCACAAGAUUGAUGAGUUUUGGGCUGAAGAGGCCGCCGUUGAGGGGGCGUGGCGACGCAGACGCCUUACGGGAAACGCAGUUCACGUGCCAGCAGCAGCGGAUCUUCUUCCUACAUCUGCCAUGGCUCAACCCGGGACUCUGAACCUCAAUAACGAGGUUGUGAAGAUGAGAAAAGAAGUGAAGAGAAUCCGAGUUCUGGUUAUCCGAAAACUUGUCAGGAGUGUUGGCAGACUGAAGUCGAAAAAGGGUACUGAAGAUGCACUGUUAAAAAACCAAAGAAGGGCACAGCGAUUACUUGAAGAAAUUCAUGCCAUGAAGGAAUUGAAACCUGAUAUAAUAACGAAAUCUGCUCUUGGUGAUGAUAUCAAUUUUGAAAAAAUCUGCAAAAAGCCUGAUUCUACUGCAACUGAAAGAGCAACUGCCAGAUUAGCAACGCACCCUCUUCUGAAGAAAAAAAUAGAUGUGCUAAAAGCUGCUGUCAAAGCCUUUAAAGAUGCGAGACAAAAUGAUACUGAAGCUCAGUCAUCAAAGAAUACUUCAGAAGAAAAGUAUUCCAAGGACACUUCAGGUUCAAGUGAUGAUGCCAUUAAGUCACAGUAUGAAGGAGCUAUUGUCAGUGAGCAGAAAGACAAAGAACCCAAAAUGUUGGUGAAGAAAUCAGUAAAUAGUUCAAAAGAAAAAAUAGCCAAGAUGGAACACGGGUCCAAAACAGUGGACAUUCCAAAUUCUCCAUCAAAGCCUUCUGAAAAGGAUUCUGUAGUUCCCUAUGAACCCCAGAAAAUACCUGCUAACCGAAAAAUGAAAUCAUUAUGUCAAAACACAAAAAAGGAAGUGCCCAAGAGCUCACUUGGUGAAAACAGUGAUGGAGAAGAAUUACACGAAGAAGAGAAGGAGUAUUUUGAUGACAGCACAGAAGAAAGGUUUUACAACCAGUCUUCCAUGUCUGAGGAUAGUGACAGUGGUGAUGACUUCUUCAUUGGGAAAGUCAGACGGACACGAAAGAAGGAAAGUAAUUGUCAUUCUUCAGUUGUAGAACAAAAAUUCCCCCAAAAGGUGUCCCCUGAAGAGCAUAUACUUGAAACCCAUCAGGGUAUAAGAAAUGACAAAAACAAGCCAAGUACGGAAAGAAGGAAGUUUGAAUCAGUGUUUUUCCACUCUUUAUCUGGAUCUGAAAGCUCUAGAAGAAAUUAUAGAGAACAGGCUCCGAAAAGCAACACCCCAGGUUUUCAGCAAAAUGAACCUCAGCUGAAGAAUCAGUUUAUUAAGCAUGCGCAAAGAGGGCCCCAAAACACAGCACAGCAGACACAGCUGCCUCUUCAUCCUUCAUGGGAAGCAAGCAGGAGGCGAAAGGAACAGCAAUCUAAAAUUGCUGUGUUUCAGGGGAAGAAAAUUACAUUUGAUGAUUGAUUAGUAUCUCUUUCUGUGAACUUUUCCAUCUUAAUUUUUUUUCUUUCUGUUUUUUCCAGCCCAUUAUUUAAACUCAAAUUCGAGUAAGUCUCUAUGAAGGAGGUGUAGAAAUAAGUUUAUUGUUGUCUUUAUUCCCCUUUUUAAGUGUUUUCAAGUUAUGUUUAUUUUAUAUAAACCUUCCACAAAUAAACUACAUAAAUUUUUUUUUUUAAUAUGCCCUGGCUGUUCCCUUUAUAAAAGAAUUAUUAAAUCUCAGAUAUCCCCAUUGUGCUUAUCAUGAAAUAUACUUCACUGGAUUAGGUCUGUGUUUCUUUACCUUGAAAAUAAAUGUUGAAAUAUAUUUAAAAUAAUGGAAAAAUCUGACAAACUGUAGCUAUUUAAAAUAUAGAUCACCUUUGCUGUAAGUUAUUCUUGUUAGCAGAAUUAAGGUUAAGAUAAUAAUGUUUAUUAUGGGUAUACAGAUAAUAAAUUAUAUAAAUAAAUACUAAUUUUUAUUGUUUUAAUUAUUUGUGAUCUUGUACUUUUUGAUUGUUUUAGUUUUCCAGGACAGUCUUGGAAUUCUGAAUUAUAUUUCAAUUAUUUAGGCAAUAAACAUUGUUUAAAUAUGGCAACACAACCAAAAGUUGGUUUUAUAUUUCACUGAAUAUAAAUAUUUCUGUUAAAUCCAGAAUGUACAACCUCUAAUUACAUGGCAUGUGCUCUUAUAGAAAUGUUCUUUGAGGAAUCAUAGGUUGGAAUUGAUAUGAACAGAUUUCGAAGGAAGUAUGAUUGAAAGAGCAUUUCCACUGAUGGAUGAACAAAAAGGUUAUGAGAUGACUCACUGAGGAAGGACUACUCUAUACAUCAAAGUACUGUCAAUAAAAGGAGAAUAUGAUUUUUAAAA